AAAAAAAGACUCCUCACCCCUCCAGCAGUACUACCGGUAUACGUAUAUUAGAGAGGAGAGAGAGAUUGUGGAGUGAGAAGAGUGAAGUUGAAGUCCGUCUACGGCUUCUUUUAAGAAGACAGCGAACUCUCAUCCUUUUCCAACUCUCUCUCUCUCUCUCUCUCUCUCUCUCUCUCUCUCUCCUGUUUUUAACAACUUGGUUUCGUGUACUCCAUUUCAUUCUGCUCAGUUCUAUCAUUUGAGCUCUUUCCUUACCCUUUUUUUCCCGUCAAUGGAGCUCGAUCUUGAAAACCCACUACUGUCAACCUUCCACGAUUCAAUCCCAUCUCUCUUCCUCAUUGAAUCCGACCACAUGCCUUCCCUACCUCAAUCUCUUAAACCCACAGAAUUCGGCCUCUCCAUUCGACGGGAAGCAAUGUCUCUAAUCUUACACCUCUCCUCCAACUUUAACGACCCUUUUCUCCCCUACCUCUCCGUCAAUUACCUCGAUCGAUUCCUCUCCGCCCAACCCAUAACGCAAGUGAAGCCUUGGGUAGUAAAGCUCACUGCAAUUUCCUGUGUUUGUUUGGCAUUGAAGAUGAAAGAAACAGAGUACUCUGUUUCUGAUAUUCAGAAUGAUGAAGGGUUUAUCUUCGACAUGGAAACAAUCGAGCGGAUGGAGCUGUUGAUCCUCGGAGCUCUGCAAUGGCGGAUGCGCUCCAUAACCCCCUUCUCUUUCAUCAAUUUCUUCAUCUCGUUAUUCAAAUUCAAAGACCCACCACUGGUUCAAGCUCUCAAGGCCAGAGCCACUGAAAUCAUCUUCAAAGCGCAAAAUGACAUCAGGCUGUUAGAGUUCAGGCCGUCGAUAAUUGCAGCCUCUGCCCUUCUCUCUGCUUCCCAUGAGCUAUUUCCACUCCAAUUUCCAUGCUUUAGGAAAGCAAUUUCUAGCUGUUCAUAUGUAAAUGAGGAUAACUUAGUAAAUUGCUGGAAUUUGAUGCAAGAAAUAGCAAUGGAUGGGUAUGAAUCAGUGUGGGACAGGGUGUCGAGCUCUAGCACUCCGGUCAAUGUACUUGACGGGCAAUUCUGCUCGAGCUCAACUACUACUAGCUCGGGCAGUGAGAAGACCAAAAACACCUCCUCUGAAGCUCCAGCAGCAGCUGCAGCUAUGGCCGUCGCAACAGGUAGGCUAGAGCGAGACCAAAAGAGGAGAAAGAUUGGCUGUUUCCCAAACGAUAACUCACUUCUGCUUCCACGGAUUAAACAGUUCUGAAAUCUGAACUUCUGAUCAGACGGAAAAAGGCCCCAUGGAGGAGAAAUCAGUUCCGCGGGCCAUCUAUUCCAAAAGAAAAUCUCACUUUCAACACUGUGUACAAGUCCCGCGCAUUGUUUGUUCAUUUUCGGUAAUCGGUUAUCAAUCGAAUUAAAAAAAAAUGUUGUACAA